AAUAAAAAAAAAUUUUUAGGGCAAAUCAUUUCAGCCUCCCAAACCCUCCAUCUCUAUUCUCGUUCUCAACUCUGCAAAUCCAUUUUUAGGGCAAAUCAUUUCGGCCUCCCAAUUGCCCUAGUCUCUCUCUCUCUCUCUCUCUCUCUCUGCAACUGCAAACUACAAAAUCUACAAGGAUAGGAAGUUUAAAACCCAGACUAAGCGCAAUGAUCCAUCAUCAUGGCCAUUAUCGUCGUCAUCCUCAAAAGAGCCAUAUGAGUGGAAAUGGGCUUCCAGGCGGGUUUCAGACUCUACGUAAGCUGGAUCUGGAACAUUCUUGCUUGGUUGAAGUUGUUGUGAAUCAUCUUUUUGCGAAUUCAAAACUCUAGCCUCAAACAGAACUCUGAACUCGCCCUAAGCCAUCAUAUACCGAACCGUUAUAUUUUCAAAAUUACUUAUGCAUUACUCUUGUAAAUUUUUAUGAAGAUUUUGUGUAGACGCCAUUACAGCUCUUUUAUACCUCACUUCCCAUCAGCCAAACAAUCCCAAAUCCUCGAAUACUGCAAAUCCGGCUUCCUAUCCGAAGCUCUCCGGCUCCUGAACUCCAUAGAUUCUGGUGAAAUCUCCGUAAAACCUAUCAUAUAUGCUUCUCUAUUACAAACGUGCAUCAAAGUUCAAUCUUUUAACCAUGGACUCCAAAUUCAUUCCCAUGUCGUCAAAUCUGGUCUCGAGACCGACCGAUUUGUGGGUAACAGUUUACUUGCUGUUUACUUCAAACUGGGUAUGAAUUAUUCGGAGACGAGGAGAGUGUUUGAUGGUCUUUUUUCUAAAGAUGUUAUAUCUUGGACUUCGAUGAUAUCGGGUUAUGUUCGUUUGGGAAGACCCAGGAAUUCGCUUGAUUUGUUUUGGGAAAUGAUAGAUUGUGGGGUUGAGCCAAAUGCCUUCACUCUAUCUGCAGUGAUCAAGGCUUGUUCGGACCUUGGGGAAUUAAAUCUCGGCCGUGGAUUUCAUGGAGUUGUUUUUAGGCGUGGGUUUGAAUCGAAUCAUGUCAUUGCUAGUGCUCUGAUUGAUAUGUAUGGGAGGAAUUAUGUGUCGGAUGAUGCACACCGGUUGUUUGGUGAGUUGCUUGAACCAGAUUCUAUUUCUUGGACGACUGUUAUUUCCGCGUUCACAAGGAAUGAUUUGUUUGAGGAAGCUUUGGGAUUCUUUUAUCUGAUGCAGAGAAAAUUUGGCUUGUCACCGGAUGGGUUUACAUUUGGGACAGUCUUGACAGCUUGUGGGAAUUUAGGAAGGCUGAAGCAAGGUAGGCAAGUGCAUGCUAAGGUCAUUACAUCUGGGAUUUGUGGGAAUGUGGUCGUUGAAAGCAGCCUAGUGGAUAUGUAUGGGAAAUGCGGUUUGGUUGAUGAAUCUCGGCAAGUCUUUGACAGAAUGACCAAAAAGAAUUCAGUUUCUUGGUGUGCAUUGCUUGGGGGAUACUGUCAAAAGGGUGAUUUUGAAACUGUUGUUGAGAUUUUCAGGAGGAUGGAGGAGGUUGAUCUCUAUAGCUUUGGAACUGUUCUUCGUGCCUGUGCAGGUUUAGCAGCUGUAAGACAGGGGAAAGAGGUUCACGGCCAGUAUUUGAGGAAGGGUGGUUGGAGAGAUGUCAUCGUAGAGUCGGCUUUAGUUGAUCUUUAUGCAAAAUGCGGCUGUAUUGAUUUUGCUCAUAGAAUUUUCAUACAGAUGCCUGUUAGAAAUUUGAUUACUUGGAACUCAAUGAUUUGCGGGUUUGCUCAGAAUGGAAGAGGUGGAGAAACUCUUAGGAUGUUCAAUGAUAUGGUUAAAGGAGGAAUUGAACCUGAUUACAUUAGUUUUAUAGGUGUUCUUUUUGCCUGCAGCCAUACAGGUAUGGUUGAUCAAGGGCGUGAAUAUUUCGUCUCAAUGACUAAAGAAUAUAGGAUUAAAGCUGGAAUUGAGCAUUACAAUUGCAUGGUUGAUCUCCUAGGCCGUGCUGGGCAGAUAGACGAAGCUGAAAAUUUGAUAGAGAAUACGGAUUUUAGGGACAAUUCAUCUCUCUGGGCAGCUCUUCUUGGUGCUUGCGCUACCAAUGCAAAUUCUAUUGAUGCAGAGCGCAUUGCUAAGAAAAUGAUUGAAUUGGAACCUGACUACCAUUUGAGUUAUGUUCUGCUGGCGAACGUGUAUAGAGCAUCUAGCCGGUGGAACGAUGCUGUCAAGAUCAGGAAGCUAAUGGAAGAUAGAGGGGUUAGGAAGAUGCCUGGGAAGAGCUGGAUUGAACAAAGAGCACCUUGGGUCCAGAUAUGAGGGAUUUGGUAUUGUAACUGGCUGAAGAAUUGCCUCAAUUAAACAGUUCUCUCACUUAGGUAGCCUGGCAAUGGCUUGGCCAUGGCAGACUUCCAAAAAUUGAUCCAAAUUUGUGAAGGUGACAUGGAAAAUGUAAAUACAAAAACCAAGGAAGCAAAAAUCAAUACACAUCUAUUUUCGUUGCCAAGACAUAUUAGAAGAUAAGAUCAAUCCUGUUGCCACUCUGAGAAUUUUCUGCAGAUGCUCAAGUCUUGUUUCCAUUUUUGUUGAAGCGUUUUGUCUCCUCCCCAAGGUAGCAUUGUCGAGCAGGCAAUCCCUUUCUUUUUUAUCCAGCUAGCUUUCUCUGUGGUACUUAAAUUCUAUUCUGAGAGUUCCUUAGACUCGGUUACUGUUCCACCCCCCCCCCCCGAAAGGGUAAGGUGGGACCUUUAAACCACAAAAGCAUUCUCAAUUAAAGGCCUAUCUAUAAAGCCUCUGAGUUGAAGAGGGAACAUGUCCCACAGAGAGAUGAUAAGUGCGAGAAAGAGUGAAGUUACAAUUUUCUCUGGAAUGGAAGACAUCCAUCCACUGACUAGAAGAAAGCAACCUAACACCCAAGUUAGCCUGAGAAAAAAUUUAAAAAGGUUAAAUUUCCAACAAGUACUCCUCUAACUCAUACUGUCCUUUAUGAAUGAAGACAGCUAGGAAAAUGUCCAAGGAAAGGAUAAGCUUGUCAAACAAAACGCGCUAUAGUUUGAUUGUCCUGAUCCUUUCUGUAAUUCUGUGGAGUGCUUUAUCCUCACAUCCGGAAACAUACAGAAGUGCAGGCAAACAAAAUGGAAGAAAAUAAUGAA